CAACUUCAUGCCUGAGUAGAAGUGUUUUUUUCUGCAGCUGAUCAUUUGCUAAUAAAAUUAACUUAAUUUCUGGCUAAAGAUAAAUUAAGUAGUACUUUUUGCAUUUAUUUAUUUAAAAAUUUGAGUGCUUUUUUAUUAUUAAAUACAAUUAUUUAAAUUGUACUGUUGUUCACUGGUUAAUAAGUGGAAGUGUACUGGUGCUGUUUGUUGCUGCUUGCUGUUGUUCAUUUGCUUUGUUGCCAAAUUUACUUUUGUUUAUUUACAACAACUAAAAUAUAAAAUGUCGCCUCCAACUAAAACUUUUAAAUGUGGAUCCUGCAAUGAUAACAUUAACAAGAACCAAACUAGCAUUCAAUGUAAAGAAUGUGCCCUGUGGUUUCACAUUACAUGCGCCAAAAUUCCUGAAAAGGUUCUUUCAGCUUUGAAGGAUAGCAGGUUAUCUUUUACUUGUACCUCUUGUAAUAAUGAUCCUCGGUCUGGAUUUGAGACUAUGUUGAGAAAUGAAAUUAGCUCACUUAAUUGCAAAAUAGAUGAUUUUAUAAACAAGGUUGAUAGUGAACAGACAUCGAUUAAAAAUGCGUUGGCGGAUACUGUUGCUUCCUUGAAAUCAGAGAUUGCUUCUUGCCUUAAGGAAAUGAAGAGUGAAAUUGUGGAUUGCAAUAAGCUAAUAAACAAUGUCGAGAUAUCAACUUCCAACAAAAUUACAGCGUUAGAGGAGGAAAAUAAUUGUCUGCAUAGAAGACUUAACCGUACUAACAUUAUAGUUACUGGUUUGCCUGCCGGUAUAGAUGAUCUGAUGCCUGUUAUUAUGAAAUUAGGAACAAUAUUUGAUGUUCCAAUUUGCACAUAUGACUUACAAUAUAUUUGCUAUAUGAAUAACAGGAAGUCUAUUUUGGUGAAAUUCAAUAGUAUCUUUGUUCGGGAUAAAAUAAUGAGUCAAUAUUUUAAAACUCGGUCUUUGAAGGUUCGUGAUUUUGUGGAUGGAGAUGUUGAUUUAAGAGUCUAUUUGAAUGACCACUACUCUCCUGCUGCUAGCAGACUUAAUAUGAUUUGCAAAAAGCUGCUUCGUAAAGACCUAAUUAAAAAGUUCCGAAUAAUGAAUAGUGACAGAUUGAGAGUUAAAUUAACAUUACCGGAUGAUUCUGAGGUGGUCUAUAGUCCUUCUCAAUGUGCUGAUUUGCUGGAUGAUGGCCGUUAGUAUUUUAAAUUUAUAUCUUGUUUUUUUAUAAUGAUGCCUUAUAACCUAACAGCUGGUCCUCAACUCAGUGUAAAUUCUUACUUUAAAACUGCUUUGCAACAUCAUUUAGGUAAUUUUAAUGCUGCCCAUUUGAAUUGUCAGAGUAUUAAGCCUUCUGCAAAUUGUUCCAAGUUUGAUGAGUUAAAUGCUCUAUUGACUGAUGGUUUUUUUGAUGUUUUUGCUGUUACUGAAACGUGGUUAAAACCAUACAUAACAUGUCGUGCGGUUGAAAUUCCUGGAUUCAAUAUUUGUAGAAAUGAUAGAUUGAAUUCUAGAGGUGGUGGAGUUGCGCUAUAUAUUUCCAGUGGAAUUAAGUAUAGAAAAGUGUUUAAAACUUCAGAACUUGGAAUAUGUGAGUCGUUAUUUGUUGAAUUGUACCUUAACAAUACAGUAUUUCUAUUUGGAGUUGUUUACUUACCACAUGGUGAUAUCUGUUCUUUUGAAUAUUUUCAUCAUGACCUUUUUUUGAGUUAUAAUAAUAUCAUUAUUGUGGGGGAUUAUAACUGCAAUUUGUUUGAUACUGUGAAAUCUAAUUAUAUGAGAUCUUUGUGCUUUAGACUUAAUUUGGCUAUUGUUCAUAAUUCAAAACCAACACACUAUGAUAUUGCUCAUGGAUCAACAUCACUUAUUGACUAUUGGUUGGUUAGUGAUUUUUCUAUGGUAUGUCUCUCAGACCAAAUUCGUUGUCCAUCUAUAUCGCACCAUGAAUUUCUGUUUGCGUCUUUUGUGAUGAAAAUUGAGAAAUCUAAGGAAUAUGUAGAAUUCCAUGAUUUUAAAUCAAUAGAAUGGGAUAAUUUACUUGGUCUCCUAUCUAACUUUGACUGUUCUCAUUUUUACAGUGGUGAUGUUGAUGACCAAUGUUAUAGCCUUACUUCUCUAUUAAACUUACUUUUUUCUUGUGUUCCGGUAGUUAAAAAGAGAAUUUGUCGUAAAAACAUAAAUUGGAUGAAAUGUAAAGAAAUUCUAUUUGCCCAAAGUCUUAGGGACCUUGCGUAUAGAGCCUAUUUGUCUGAUCGCUCAGAUAGUAACUGGAGAGUUUUCUGUAAGCUUCGGAAUAAGGCCAAGAAUGUUAUUCGUAGAGUAAAGAGGUUACAUUUUUCUAAAGUUUUUUGGGGCUUGAUUCAUCUGCUCUUUGGACGGUUCUUAGGGGUGCUGGCUGUGUUGGGAUUGAUUCAAUGACAUAUGAAGGUGAUAUUAAUGAAUUAAAUGAUUUCUUUGUUUCGGGUAACAGUACAAAUUCCAAUAUUAACUUAACGAACUUUGAUAAUUCGAUUGAUUCUUUUUCAUUUCAUUGUAUUGAUGAGAUGGAACUAAUAGAAGCGUUGAACAAAGUUAAAUCUAAUUCGGUUGGUACUGACAAUAUUUCUAUUAGAUUUGUUAAAUUAGUUUAUCCUUAUAUAUCUAAUUAUAUACUUCACUUGAUUAACUCUAUUUUAACAACUUCUACUUUUCCUAAAUGUUGGAAAAUGGCGAGGGUUGUACCUUUACCUAAGUCUGUGGUAGUUCAUGGACCGGAAGAUUUUAGGCCUAUAUCUAUUCUUCCAGCAUUAUCUAAAGUUGUUGAACACGUUAUCCGAAAUCAAAUGCUCGAAUCAGUUUUGAAUUGUAUCUAUGUGAAACAAUAUGCAUUUCGUAGUGGAUUUAGCACAACCUCUCUGCUUUUAAGUUUAACAGAUAAAAUCAGAAAUAAUGUGAAUAAUAAUGAGUUUAGUGUUCUAAUUUCCCUAGAUCUUUCCAAAGCGUUCAACAAUAUCAAUCAUUGUCAACUUAUUUAUAAGCUCCGGAAUGAGUUUAAUUUCUCAAAAUCAGCAUGUAAACUAAUUCUUUCAUAUCUUGAUGGCAGAUCUCAGUUUGUUCAAAUGAAUGGUGUUAGUUCAGGGUUACGUCAUCUUUUAUCUGGUGUCCCUCAGGGAUCAGUUUUGGGGCCUCUUUUGUUUAUUUUGUAUGUUAACAGUCUUCCUUCUUGUGUCAAUUCUAUGAUCUGUGAUUCUUUUCUUUUUGCUGAUGAUGUUUUUCUGCUGUUCAGAAGUGGUUUGGAUUUUAAGGAUGUGUUAAUAUCUAACAUAAACUUUUGCCUCAGAAGUAUUCUUGAGUGGACAUUGGAUAAUUCAUUGUGUAUUAACCCUAAUAAGACGAAAGCCAUUAUGUUUGGACCUACAAAUCGGUUUUUUGCUGAUUUGAAUAUUUUCUUGGGUGAUGUUAGAAUUGAUUUUGUUGACCAACUUAAAUGUCUUGGUGUCAUGUUGGAUUGCAAACUUUCAUUUGCUCAUCACAUUGACUUAUUAAGUUUUAGAGUUUUUGGUAUUUUGCGUAAAUUAUACUCCACGAAUUUGUAUUUACCAUCUAGGGUUAGAUAUAAAUUAGCUUAUGCCUUGUUGAUGUCUCAGAUACUAUAUGGUUUUGAGGUUAUCACUGGUACAAGUGCUAUGUAUUUAAAUAGAAUUAGACGUCUAAUUAAUGCUGUUGUACGUUUUGUAUACAAAUACGAAUUCGGGAACAUAUUUCAUCACAUGUUUUGCGUUUUCUUCAUUGUUCUUUUUAUGAUUUUGUAAACUUCCGUAAUAUGAUUUUCUUUUAUAGGGUUAUUAAAAACUGUAAACCACUUCCCUUGUACUGCUCUUUUAUGUUUACUCGGUCUAUAAGAAACCCUCAAAUAUUAAUUCCUAGGAUAUCUUCGUCUUUCAUGGAAAAAUCUUUUUUAGUUCGCAUUGCAAGGUGGUGGAAUGUUUUACCCUAUUAUUUACGCACUUUCUCCCAAUCUAAUAAUGUUUUUAAGCUAAAACUGUUACAAUUUUUUAAUUCUGGAAUUUAAUUUUUUCCUUAAUUACUAUUUAAAGGAAUUGGCUGCUGAGGGGACCAUUUUUUUAUCUCAAUGUUUUUAAAAUUGAUAUGGCUGGGGAGCCAAGUGAAGAAUAAAUUGAUAUGAGAAUCUGAAUAUUCUAUAGAAGGGACUUAAUAUAAGUAUUUCUAUUUUGAAUCUAAAUUUGUAUAUUUUAUUUAUAUAUUAUAGUAUUUAUAUAUAUAUAUGUAUAUAUUUUUUUUUUUUUUAUAUAUAUGAUCUCAGGCGUUAUGUGCUGUGUAAUAUUAAUAUUUUGGCCUUUGUAGGCUUUAUAUUACAAAUAAAUGAAAUAAAUAAAUAAAAUAAA